AAAAAAAACAUAUGUGUACUUGCGGCAUCCAUUAUAACUUUCUGCUCCACGAACGGCCUGUUUUGGGGUUAACAAGAACGUCAUUGGUAAGAAAGGACUAAAAUGGAUAGCUAUCGCCAGGAGAAAAUACAGAAAUUUGAGGAAUUUGUUGAUCGCCGAUUGAAACCUGACCUUGUUCGUGCUAUUGGUGAACGGGACAAGGUCUUUGAACAACAAAAGAUUUUCUCAGAUUUGCGAAGGAACAUUGAGAAUUUUGAGAAAAAUAGUGUAACAAGUCUUAGGACAUUGGUCAAUCUUGGCUCUGAAGUGUACAUGCAAGCUGAUGUGCCAGAUACUCAGCAUAUAUUUGUAGAUGUUGGACUUGGAUUCCACGUGGAGUUCACCUGGUCUGAAGCUUUAAAUUACAUAUCACAGAGGGAAGAAAAAUUAUCCAGGCAAGUGGAGGAGUAUACUCGACUAAUUGCAUCAAUUAAAGCCCAGAUCAAAAUGGUUUGUGAAGGGAUUCGUGAGUUACUCCAUCUGCCGGCCGAGAGAAGUGUACACGAGCCUGUUUUUUAGGAUAUGUAGGACUUGAAAUGUAUAUGUAUGUUAUUUUACUGUCCUGGAUCACUUGCACUUUAAAGAUGAAAGAAAAGCAUGGAACCGAAACAGGAGUUUUUUUUUGUUGAUGCAAAGGAUUAAAUUUUCUGUCUUACAAUUUGUCCUUUCAUUUUGUAACUAGGAUGAAAGUGAAAUUGCUAAAGUGGUAAGAACAUGUAUCGUGGGAAGGAUUACU